CUCUCUCUCUCUCCCUCUUAACUUUGUUUUUUUUUUCUCUCAUCUUCUUCGUUCGUCCUCGUCCCCAAGUCAUCGGAGGUCUUAGCGUCACGCGAUUCGAAGAUUCUGAUCACCGAAAAUCUAAGAGUGAGCAAAUAGAUACGAAAUUGUCAACGAAUCCUGUGAGGAUUUUAGUGCUGAAAUUUCCACAUUCUUGUGAAGUUGAUGCGUCGUUUCUCAGAUUGUUACGGGUUCUGUGCUUACCUUUUAUGGGUUACAUAAGCGAGGAGUUUGAUUCGCAGGAAGCUCAUAGUGUAGAGAUCCUCCUGUUUGGAAUUGGAGUUGAUCUUUUGAGUUAUACGGUUAUCUAUUUGGGUUUUUUUUAGGUUUGCUAAAAUGAGUGUGGUGGGUUUUGAUGUUGGUAAUGAGAACUGUGUUAUUGCGGUUGCAAAGCAACGAGGGAUCGAUGUUCUGUUGAACGAUGAGUCCAACCGAGAAAAUCCUGCUAUGGUUUCCUUUGGUGAGAAGCAGAGAUUCAUGGGUGCUGCUGCUGCUGCCUCUGCUACUAUGCAUCCCAAAUCUACCAUUUCGCAGCUAAAGAGAUUGAUCGGUAGGAAAUUUAGGGAACCUGAUGUUCAGAAUGAUCUGAGGUUGUUCCCUUUUGAAGCUUCCGAAGGCUCUGAUGGUGGAAUUCAAAUUCAACUUCGGUACAUGGGUGAGAUUCAGAGCUUUAGUCCAGUGCAGAUACUAGGCAUGUUGCUUUCACAUUUGAAGCAGACCGCGGAGAAGAGUCUCAAAACUCCUGUUUCAGACUGUGUCAUUGGGAUACCUUCCUACUUUACUAACGCACAGAGACUUGCUUAUUUGGAUGCUGCAGCCAUUGCUGGCCUGAGGCCGUUGAGAUUGAUGCAUGAUUCUACAGCUACUGCUCUUGGAUAUGGUAUAUACAAGACAGACCUGGUAGCUAACUCGAGCCCUACUUACAUUGUGUUUAUCGAUAUUGGUCACUGCGAUACACAAGUGUGUGUGGCAUCAUUUGAGUCUGGAAGCAUGAGAGUCCGUUCUCAUGCUUUUGAUAGAAACUUGGGCGGGAGAGAUUUUGAUGAGGUUCUCUUCAACCACUUUGCCGUCGAAUUUAAGGAGAAAUACAGCAUAGAUGUAUAUACAAAUACCAAGGCGUGUGUUAGGUUAAGAGCAUCGUGUGAGAAACUUAAAAAGGUCUUGAGUGCAAAUGCUGAGGCACAGCUGAAUAUAGAAUGUCUGAUGGAGGAGAAGGACGUGAGGAGCUUCAUCAAGAGAGAAGAGUUUGAGCAGUUGUCAGCAGGUUUGCUGGAGAGAUUAAUUGUACCGUGUCAGAAGGCUUUGGCUGACUCUGGAUUAAUUUUGGAUCAUAUCCAUUCUGUGGAGCUAGUUGGUUCAGGUUCCCGAAUUCCAGCUAUAUCUAAGAUGCUAAGCUCCUUGUUUAAGAGGGAGCUAGGCAGGACUGUGAAUGCAAGUGAGUGUGUAGCUCGAGGAUGUGCGCUUCAAUGUGCAAUGCUCAGUCCAGUUUUCCGAGUUAGAGAUUAUGAGGUUCAAGAUUUUUUCCCUUUCGCAGUCGGCUUCUCAUCUGAGAAAGGUCCCAUAAACACAAUAUCGAAUGAAUUGCUCUUUCCGAAAGGCCAGGUCUUUCCAAGUGUAAAGGUUCUUACUCUACAUAGGGAAAACACUUUCCAUUUGGAAGCCUUUUAUGCAAACCAUGACGAAAUAACACCUGAUUUACCGACUCCGAUCUGCAGUUUUAAGAUUGGUCCUUUCCAUAUUUCCUAUGGAGAAGCAGCACGUGUCAAAGUAAGAGUUCAGUUAAAUCUCCACGGGAUUGUAACGAUCGAUUCAGCUUCUCUAAUAGAACAUCACAAGGAGAAUAUAACAUCUGAAGAUGUGAUAUCCGAAAACAACCACCAAUCUGCUGCUACAAAGGAUGACACUUUAGACGCUUCGUCAGGUCCUACUGGUAAUGAGCCUAAGGCUAUCAAAAGAAUGGAAAUUCCAGUUAUUGCGAAUCUAUCUGGUGCAUUGACAAAGGAUGAGUUAUCGGAGGCCAAACAGAGAGAGAACUCUUUAGUGGAGCAAGAUCUGAAAAUGGAAUCGACAAAGGAUAAGAAAAAUGCUCUUGAAUCCUUUGUUUAUGAGAUGCGUGAUAAGAUGCUAAAUACAUAUCGGAACACUGCAACCGAGUCAGAACGGGAAUGCAUAGCUAGAAAUCUUCAGGAAACAGAGGACUGGCUCUACGAAGAUGGUGAUGAUGAAUCCGAAAAUGCUUACAUUGAAAAAUUGAAUGAUAUUAAAAAGCUCAUCGAUCCUAUUGAAAGUCGGUUUAAAGAUGGAGAAGAGCGAGUACAAGCAUCAAAAGAUCUUCUGAAAAUUAUUGCAGAUAGUCGAAUGGCUGCAGAGUCUCUUCCUCCUCCAAGAAAGAACGCGGUUCUUGAUGAAUGUCAUAAAGCUGAGAGGUGGCUUCAGGAGAGAAGCGCAGAACAAGAAUCUUUACCCAAAGACGCUAAUCCAGAGAUGCAAUCUGGUGAAAUCAGGAGAAAAGCUGAUGCUCUUAACGCGACUUGCAAGUACAUUGGGAAAUCAAACUCUCCGCCCAUGAAACCAGAACAUAAUGGAGGAUCACAAGGAAGUAGAAACUCAGAUGAUAUGGAGGUUGAUUGAUUUUUCUGACUCUAUCAAGUCUAAAUUUUGACUCUUUUAUUCUACAUGGGGGCAAGAAAAAAGAAGGAAAAAAUAAUAAGGCCAAACAAUCUCACUGCGUAUCUCUCGUGUCCGGUGAUUUGAAACGAUUUUUCUUCUUUUGUCAAUUUAUUUGAAACCAAUUUUCUUCUGAAUUUGCUUUUUUCAAGACUUUUUUGUCCCCCUUAUGGUGAAUAUUUUUUUGGUUGAUUUUAAACAUUUAUUUUAAAAAAAAAAAACAGAAAAAUGUUCUAUUA